AUGGCUGCCACCGGCUUCACAACCCCUUCUGUUCUCAGAAAAGCGCUUCACUCUUUUUUACCUCUUCGCCUCACUCACAUCAACAACACGCUCUUCUGCUAUAAAAAUCUUCGCUCUUUUCCUCUCUCAACCCAUCUGAAUUCUUCAGCUUCAGGGAUGUGUCACUUGGCACAAGCUAUGAAGGGGGAUGCUAAUUCUUUACUCAAAGGAGUAGCAGACAGAAGCACUAUUGAAGCUGUGAAACAUAUUCUUGAAAUGGCAAAACGAGCAUCAGCAAGGAGAGAAGUUCUCCACACUGAUUUUCUUACUCCACCAGUACUGAAGGAAUCAAUGAUAGUGUUGGAAAAGCUAGCUGACAUGAAAGCUGUUGCACAGGGAGGAUACCCUCAGGCUGAGCGUUGCCGACUUUCAGUUGGACAUUCAGAGGUAUUGACAACUGCUCCAGAUAUAGUUGCAGCAUUGCGUAUCACAGGAAACUUUGGGUUUCAAUCUUGUUCUCAUGGUGACUUCCUUGGCGCAAUUCUUGGUACAGGGAUUGCUAGGGAAAAGCUUGGGGAUAUCAUCCUGCAGGGAGAAAAAGGGGCUCAAGUCCUGAUUGUUCCAGAACUUGUUGACUUCCUUGUAUCAUCUCUAGAGAAGGUUGGCAAUGUUUCAGUCUCUUGUACGAAGAUGCCAUUGCUUGCUCUUGAAUAUGAAGAGCCAAGGACUACAACAUUCAAAACCAUAGAACUAUCACUAAGGGUUGAUGCACUAGCUAGCGCAGGGUUCAAGCUUUCACGAUCCAAACUAGUUGAUUUGAUCAGUAAUGGGGAUGUUCGUGUUAACUGGACCACCGUGACGAAAAACGGAACAACACUCAAGACUGGAGAUGUUGUCUCAGUUAGUGGAAAGGGAAGACUAAAGAUUGGAGAGAUAAACUCGACAAAGAAGGGAAAGUACGCGGUUGAGCUCAUUCGAUUCCUAUAAGCUUUUGCACCCACCUGGUGCUGGUUGUGAUAGGCGCAGUUAACACCUGACGUUCGGUCCGGUUGGAGAGUGUGAAAGACUCCAUCAUGAAAGGUUCCUCGGUUAUCAAAGGAACAUGUAAAAAAGUCAUUUUUCAUAUAGAUGGAUUACUUAGUUUCCCUCAUAAAUGGGGGUUUCUUUUCUUUGUUGGAAGCCGAAUUGGUUCCAUAGCUUAUCAAGGCAAAAGUUGCAAUUGACUAAACGAUCAUUUAGAAGCUUCAAACUGAGUUUCUCUUCUCUGGUAAUAAAUUUUGAUGGUUCAUUUUGGAAGUGA